UCGUUAGCGUGAGGAAAUGUGAAGAGGUGGCGUACCGAACGGAAAGGAACGGCCCGCGGAGAUUCCCCGGCGCGCGCGACUUCUUGCACGCUCGGCUCCUCUCGAUUGUGCCGUUAUGAGUGGCGGCCACAGUCGCCGGCCGAUCAGUGUCCGUGUGUAAGGCCGACCAACAAGUCGCUGCGGUUCGGUCGCCGAUGGUGUUGAACACGUCUCGUCCAGUUCAGUGCUAUGGCUUCGCGUAUAACGUCCGGUGCCCGGUUGUGCGUUCGCGCCAGUAUCGAUAAGCUCGUGUGCAAUUUGUCCAGGAGCCGUCACCACAGCACCGUGGCCGCUAAUGACAUGGCUGUUGGUCCCCGGUCUGACAGGUUACAAUGUUACCAGAAACAAUUAAACCGAAUAAGAUCGGAUCAUCAAAGGAAUCACUGCCGGCGUUUUACUACUUUACAAGAUACAGAUACAGAUUCUCUGUCUUCUAUCGACCCAUAUAGACUGCUAGAUGAUGACCUCAGAGAUGUAUACACCGACAUCAGACAGGAACUCGAACUGAACACUAAUCAAGAUGAGCUACGAACGAUAGCUACAUAUUACUUUGAUGGGCAAGGAAAAGCCCUCAGGCCAAUGGUGGCUAUCCUUAUGGCGCAUGCCAUAAAUUACCAUAUGAAUAAUAAUGGUUUGGACAAAAAACAAAGAGAAGUAGCCAUGAUUGCGGAAAUGAUACAUUCUGCUUCCUUAAUUCAUGACGAUGUUAUUGAUCAAUCCGACUUUCGUCGAGGAAAGCCUAGUGUAAAUGCACUUUGGAGUCACAAAAAAGUAGCCAUGGCUGGUGAUUAUAUAUUGGCAGUAACGUCUAUGAUGAUCGCUAGACUUAACCACAAUGACGUCACGAUCACACUUAGUCAAAUCAUCACUGACUUGGUUCAAGGAGAAUUCAUGCAGCUCGGCUCCAAAGAGACUGAGAACGAAAGAUUUGCUCACUACUUAACGAAAACAUACAGAAAAACAGCUAGUCUUAUAGCUAAUUCAGUAAAAGCUGAGGCAAUGCUAGCCGGUGCCGAUGACAAACUAGUCGAUGUAACGUUCGAAUACGGUCGUAACAUAGGCCUGGCGUUCCAGUUGGUCGACGAUCUGUUAGAUUUCGUGUCCAGCAAAGAUGCCAUGGGCAAACCGACCGCAGCCGAUUUGAAACUAGGCUUAGCUACCGCUCCUGUUCUGUUCGCCUGCGAAAAGUACCCGGAGUUGAAUGCCAUGAUAAUGCGACGGUUCCAGGAACCAGGUGAUGCGGAACGCGCCUUUGAGUUGGUGCACAAAUCGCAGGGCCUCGAGCAGACGCGGUUCCUUGCCAAAAAACACUGUCUCGAAGCAACGCGAUUGGCCGGCAAGAUCGCCGAGUCGCCGUAUCAAAAGUCUCUGCUGGUCGUACCCGACCUAAUAGUGAAUCGCAUGAAAUAAUAACGACAUCCGUGCGAUGGCGGCGGUGAUUCCACUGUGUGCUCUUCCGCGGGUGUACUAUAGUGUAUGCGAAUAUUUAGUUUAUUACUAUUAAAAAAUCGUAACGGCGAACCGGUUAUUAUACAACUAGUCCCGAUUCUUUGACAAAAAUAUAAAAAUAAAAAAACCAUAAAAAAAA